UGUAUAAUAUGGGGAUUGAGUGCAUUGAAGUAGAAGCUAAAGCCCAGAGCACACGCAUACCUGCCGCCCCGCCAUAUCCCAAUGCCUUUCUCUUCUUCUUCUUCUUCUUCUUCUUCUUCUAUGCUUCUGCUCUCACUCUUUCUCCUCCUUCUGCUCUCACUCUUCGCCCCUUUCUCAUCUGCUGCUUACAAUGUCAGCUACGACACUCGCUCCCUCAUCAUCGACGGCCACCGCAAGCUUCUCAUUUCCGCCGCCAUUCACUACCCUCGCAGCGUCCCCGCCAUGUGGCCGGGCCUCGUACAAUUAGCAAAGCAAGGAGGCGUCGAUGUCAUUGAGACUUAUGUCUUUUGGAAUGGCCACGAACUCUCCCCUGACAAUUACUACUUUGGAGGCGAAUUGGCCCAUUCGUGGCUGCAGAAUGGAACUUUGGUGGCGUACCUGUUUGGUUGCACUACGUUCCAGGAACUGUCUUUCGAACUGAUAGUGAACCUUUCAAGUAUUACAUGAAGAAGUUCAUGACAUUCAUUGUGAACAUGAUGAAGAAAGAGAAGCUUUUUGCAUCACAGGGAGGUCCUAUCAUCUUGGCACAGGUGGAAAAUGAAUAUGGAUUCUAUGAGUCGGCUUAUGGAGAAGGGGGGAAAAGGUAUGCUCUUUGGGCAGCUAACAUGGCUGUUUCUCAGAACACUGGUGUACCUUGGAUUAUGUGCCAGCAGUUUGACCCUCCUGAUACUGUGAUUGACACAUGCAAUUCAUUUUACUGCGACACCUUCAAACCAAUCUCACCACACAAGCCUAAAUUUUGGACUGAAAACUGGCCUGGAUGGUUUAAAACAUUUGGAGCAAGUGACCCUCACAGGCCUCCUGAAGAUGUUGCUUUUUCGGUCGCUCGAUUCUUCCAGAAAGGAGGAAGCCUACAAAACUAUUACAUGUAUCAUGGUGGCACAAACUUUGGGCGCACUUCAGGUGGACCAUUCAUUACCACAAGUUAUGACUAUGAUGCACCAAUCGAUGAAUAUGGAAUAGCUAGAUGUCCAAAAUGGGGCCAUCUUAAAGAGCUUCAUAGAUCUAUAAAGUUAUGUGAGCAUGUGUUGCUGAAUGGAGAACCAACCUCUCUGUCACUAGGCCCCUUACAGGAGGCUGAUGUCUAUGAAGAUUCAUCAGGAGCUUGUGCUGCCUUUAUUGCUAAUAUGGAUGAUAAAAAUGACAAAACGGUUGUGUUCCUAAACACAUCAUAUUACCUGCCAGCAUGGUCUGUUAGCAUUCUACCAGACUGCAAAAGUGUAGUUUUCAACACAGCAAAGGUUGGUUCUCAAACGUCCGUGGUUGAGAUGAUACCAAUAGAUUUGCUGCCAUCAACUACAUCACCAAGUAAAGACUUGAAAGGUCUUCAAUGGAAUGUGUUCAAGGAGAAAGCUGGAAUUUGGGGUGAUGCUGAUUUUACUAAAAAUGGCCUGGUGGAUCACAUUAACACUACGAAAGAUACUACAGAUUACCUCUGGUACACAACAAGCUUACUUGUUGAUGAAACUGAAGAGUUCUUCCGAAACGGUACAAAUCCAGUGCUUGUAGUUGAAUCAAAGGGCCAUGCUAUGCAUGUUUUUAUCAAUCAGAAGCUUCAAGCUAGUGCAUCUGGAAAUGGCACAGUUUCACCCUUCAAAUUUAAAAGUCCCAUCUCUCUCAAGGCUGGGAAGAAUGAAAUUGCUUUAUUAAGCAUGACUGUCGGUCUGCAGAAUGCAGGAGCAUUUUAUGAGUGGGUUGGAGCUGGUCCAACCAGUGUCAGGAUUUUAGGGAUGAAGAGGGGCACGGUGGACUUGUCCAAUAGUACAUGGACCUACAAGAUUGGAUUGCAAGGAGAACACUUAAGGAUUUAUGAUACAGAUAGUUUAAAUUCUGUAAACUGGGUAUCAACUUCAGAACCACCUAAACAUCAGCCCCUCACAUGGUAUAAGGCCGUUGUCGAUUCUCCACCUGGGCAAGACCCUGUUGGGCUUGAUAUGAUCCACAUGGGGAAAGGUCUGGCUUGGUUAAAUGGAAAUGAAAUUGGAAGGUACUGGUCUAGAAAAGCCUCUAAGCAUGAAAAAUGUGUUCAGCAAUGUGACUAUAGAGGCAAAUUUAUCCCUAACAAAUGUAACACGGGCUGUGGGGAACCAACACAAAGAUGGUACCAUGUUCCCAGAUCUUGGUUCAAACCGUCAGGAAAUACCUUGGUGAUCUUUGAGGAGAAAGGUGGAAAUCCUACUAAAAUUCACUUCUCAAAAAGAAAAGUCUCAAGUGUUUGCGUGCAUAUCUCUGAAGAUCAUCCUUCCUUUGACCUUGAAAACUUGCAAAAAAGCACAAAUGGAGAUAACAAAAACAAGGCAAUUGUAAGGUUGAAAUGUCCCAUGAGCACUCAAAUUUCAGGUGUCAAAUUUGCCAGUUUUGGAGAUCCUGAAGGAACUUGUGGAUCGUACAAAGUGGGAAAGUGCCAUGAUCCUAAUUCCGUCUCCAUGGUUGAAAAGGUAUGCCUAAAUAAAAAUGAUUGCCAAGUGGAACUAAGCCAAGAGAAUUUUGACAUGCACCUGUGUCCCAGUUUGGUGAAGAAACUUGCUGUUGAGUUAGUGUGUAGCUGAGAGGCUGAGUUAUGGAUCCUACAUCUAAUUUGCGCACAUGUUCCUACACUCUUGUUGUAAAAGAGAAUGUUAGCAGGAUUCCUCAUUUCCUGGCUCCUGCCUGUUUGAUGUUUCUUCAACUUUUUCGUCUCAAAUUUUGAUAUACGUCUCUGUCAGUUAAUGUAAGAAAAGGAAGUACAUUCAGAGUGGAUUUUAUAAUAGAAUGAUUGUGGAGCGCAUACCAUUAAACUUG